GCUGUGUUUGUUGGUUGUAUCGCCCCCACACUAUAUAUAAAAUGGAAGGAGGGACGGUCUUUUCAGAGUUAGAAACUGACAAAGAGAGUACUAUUAUAUUAUAUUGAAACACACAAAAAAGUGAGGUAGGCAUAAACAAUGGAUGCAGAUUACGGCAUAGCUCGAGAACUCUCUGAUUUGCAGAAACUUCGAUCUCACUACCACCCUGAACUUCCACCUUGUCUUCAGGGUACUACUGUCCGGGUAGAACUCCGUGAUGCAACCACUGCAGCAGAUCCCUCUGGUGAACACACAAUUAAACGCUUCUUCCCACACACUUAUGGUCAACCAUUAGCCCAUUUUCUUAGGGCAACUGCCAAGGUCCCUGAUGCUCAGAUAAUUACUGAGCAUCCUGCAAUUAGGGUUGGGGUGCUAUUUUGUGGUAGACAAUCUCCUGGAGGACACAACGUGAUAUGGGGUCUUCAUGAUGCUCUUAAGGUUCACAACCCCAAUAAUAUCUUGCUUGGGUUUUUAGGUGGUUCUGAAGGUUUAUUUGCACAAAAAACUCUAGAGAUCACCGAUGAUGUUCUUGCUACCUAUAAGAAUCAAGGUGGAUAUGACAUGCUGGGGCGGACAAAAGAUCAGAUUAGAACGACUGAGCAAGUAAAUGCUGCAAUGGCUGCAUGCAAAGCUUUGAAAUUGGAUGGUCUUGUCAUCAUUGGAGGAGUGACAUCAAACACCGAUGCUGCUCAUCUGGCAGAAAAAUUUGCAGAAACAAAAUGCCCUACAAAAGUGGUUGGUGUUCCUGUUACCUUAAAUGGGGAUCUCAAGAAUCAGUUUGUUGAAGCGAACGUUGGUUUUGACACAAUCUGCAAGGUUAACUCCCAACUAAUUAGCAAUGUAUGCACUGAUGCACUCUCAGCUGAGAAGUAUUACUAUUUCAUUAGACUCAUGGGGCGAAAGGCAUCACAUGUUGCAUUAGAGUGCACUCUGCAGUCACAUCCUAAUAUGGUGAUUCUUGGAGAGGAGGUAGCUGCAUCAAAGCUUACUAUUUUUGACAUCACACAACAAAUUUGUGAUGCAGUUCAGGCUAGGGCUGAACAUGAUAAAAAUCAUGGUGUCAUCCUGUUGCCUGAAGGGCUUAUUGAAAGUAUUCCUGAAAUAUAUGCUCUAUUGCAGGAAAUUCAUGGUUUACUCAGGCAAGGUGUUUCUGCUGAUAACAUUUCCUCUCAACUAUCACCAUGGGCUUCUGCACUUUUCGAAUUUUUGCCGCAUUUUAUCAGAAAGCAGCUUCUCCUACACCCAGAAUCAGAUGACUCUGCUCAGCUAUCACAGAUUGAGACCGAGAAACUUAUAGCUCAUCUCGUGGAAACAGAAAUGAACAAGCGAUUGAAAGAAGGAACUUACAAAGGAAAGAAAUUUAAUGCUAUUUGCCAUUUCUUUGGUUAUCAAGCACGGGGAUCAUUGCCAUCAAAGUUUGAUUGUGACUAUGCCUAUGUGCUUGGUCAUGUUUGCUACCAUAUUUUAGCUGCUGGUCUUAAUGGUUACAUGGCUACUAUUACCAACCUGAAAAAUCCUGCCAACAAGUGGCAUUGUGGUGCUGCCCCUAUAUCUGCAAUGAUGACUGUUAAGCGCUACGGUCGUGGUCCUGGUAAAGCAUCAAUUGGGGUACCUGCUUUGCAUCCUGCUACUGUGGAUUUGAGGGGCAAAUCAUAUGAACUGUUGAGUCAAAAUGCAACAAAGUUUUUAUUGGAUGAUGUUUAUAGAAACCCAGGUCCCCUCCAGUUUGAUGGUCCUGGUGCAGAUGCCAAGGCUGUUACCCUUUGUGUUGAAGACCAGGAUUACAUUGGACGUAUUAAGAAAUUGCAGGAAUACCUAGACAAGGUGCGUACAAUUGUGAAGCCUGGUUGCUCACAAGACGUCCUGAAGGCUGCAUUAAGUGCCAUGGCUUCUGUGACUGACAUUCUUUCAGUGAUAUCGUCACCCUCAAGUGUGAGCACACCAUUUUAGAUGAGAACCUAUCAUCUUUUAACAUUGAAAAGAUUUGGAGGAACUCUUGCUUUUGCGGCUGUUUGCCUAGUUUUUUUUUUUUUCAAUCUUGUAAAAGCCAAAUAAUGUUGAGAAGAUUAUACUUCUUUUUGAGAGUUUGUUGAAGGAUCCAAAUAUUCCUGUGCGUUAAUACAUAUCAUUUUUCUGGACGA